AUGGGUAUUUCAAAUAAUUUUAAGGAACAAAAACAAGUUGAAGAAGAAGAACAAAUUUAUGGUGAUAUUGUCCAACGCGCCUUUCUUGAACAUUACUACAAUAUGACGCGUAAACAUAUAUCAGUUAUGGAAUGGAUUAGUGCAGGUUACUGUAACAAAGUACCAUUUCUAGUCAAAGCAGAUGAUGACACUUUCAUUGAUAUUUUUCAUUUAACAAGUUAUCUGGAAAUGAAACAAACAGAUCUACAUGGUACUUUUUAUUGUUCAGCUACAGCUCAUGUUAAAGUGGAACGACCUGGUGGUGCAAAACAUUCAAAAUGGGAGAUAACCAAUAAAGAAUAUCCUGAAAAUGAAUUUCCAACUUAUUGUGAAGGUUUCGGUUAUGUAAUGGAUAUGAAAUUGGCGCCAUACUUAUACUGGUGUUCAAUGUUUCAACCGUCUAUAUGGAUUGAUGAUGUCUACAUGACUGGAAUAUUAGCCAAACGUUUAGGUAUACCAAGAAUACCAUUUCAAAGUGGACAUAGCUAUUAUAAUUUACAACCAGGAAGAGAAGUAGGCUCAAUUGCAGAUUUCAUCUUUCUAAUAUCACUUUAUAAUGAAUUUUAUCCAUUGACAUUUCAAGAUAUGUGGCGUGAAGCUGUUACAUACAGUAUGCAAAUUGACUAGGCCGCUCACCUAU